ACAACAGACACCGUGUGUUUAGAGUUACCACCACGAUCGAAUCGCUACCAAUCUCUAUACCAAAGCAAUAAUCUUUUCUCCUUUCUUUCUCUACAAGCACAGUAUUUGGAGACUUGACGCCAUGCUAACAUCCAUUUUACAAGCGAACAUUUCAUAAACUAAAUCAUUGUUUCUGCUUUACCAGCCUAACUUCUCUUUUUACGCAUCUUAAGAGCUAAGCACCUUUUUGUUUUUGUUUUUGUUUUUUAUUCUUUAAUUGCUAUUUCAUUUCUUGUUGUUUUCACUUUUUGACUAUCGGCCAAUUUUCCUUUUGGGCUCAAAGCAUGUCAAAACCUAUUUCCAAUCAGCCGGUCUAGUUAUGCACCGCUGCUAAUCCCCAUGUCACGCACCUGUGGCAGCAUUUAUUAAAAGAAGAAUUGGGUUUCUUCAAAAAAGCUUCUUUCUUUCUAUUUAUGUCUAAAUCCGCAGAUCUUUGCACUUAAAAUCCUCAUUUUUCAAACAUAAAACCUCAGUUCUCUCAAGUGGGUAUUUUUGCUUGCUUUAAAAAAGUCCGUCCCCUUCCCAUUGUGUAUCCAAUAGAGAUGGUUAAGUUAUUGCUGCUUUUCUUAUACAAAGAAUAAAAGGGGUGAAGCAUAAAUGCCUCUUCGAUGGAUCUGUUACCUUAAAACACUAUAUAUAGUUCGAUUAUUUUUCACUUGAAUGCUGUCGUUUGUUCUCCUGAAGUGUACUACACAUUGCAAGAAAGUUCAAGAAAAUUUUAACAGUUUCUAGCUAGGGUAAUUUUUUGGCAGAAGCAGAGAUGAUUCAGCUGUUGUUUUUGGUUCUUUUUGCUGAGGCUGCUUUGGCUUUUCUUUUAUUGGUAAAGAUUGGGCCAUUGAGAGAGCUUGUGAUAAAGAGUUUGGAUCAGCUGAAGAUGGGGAAGGGUCCCGCUACUGUGAAAACUAUCGCCGGUACUAUGUCUGUGAUUCUUCUGUCAAGCCUCACCAGCAUAGUGAAGAUCCAAAACAAAGGUGCGAAGCUGGGUACCAUGUCACCUAUGGAUCAGGUUCUUUGGAGAACUCAUCUGCUCGAGGCUUCACUCAUUGGUUUUACUCUCUUUCUUGGGUUCAUAAUUGAUCGCCUGCACCAUUAUCUUACAAAGCUUAUUCAGAUUAAGGGUAGUGUGGGAUCUUCAAAAGAGGAACUUGAACGACUACAAAAAGAAAAAAUGAAGCUUAAAGAGAAGGAAGAGAAAGCUUCCAAGGAAAUGAAACGGCUGCAAGAUGAACUUCAGACUCUAUCAGAGGAACUGAAGAAGCUGAAGUUGGAAUGUGAAGAGAAGGACAAGAAGAUAGAAACUGCUGAAGCCCAUGUCAUCUCCCUCCAGAAACAAUCUGAAGAUCUACUGCUUGAAUAUGACCGUUUGUUAGAAGACAACCAAAAUCUUCAGAAUCAAGCUCAAGGAUACUGGAGUUGAAAAAAUUUUGAAUGACAACGAUAAUUCAAGUUUUGAAAAUUAUGUGAUGUUGAAUAAACAUCUCCAAAUUUCACAGAAAUGCCCCCUGGUUGGUCAUACGGAAGGAGUGAAGGGGCCUAGCGAGUGUUUCGUCUACCAAGUGUUGAUGACAAUUUGUAAUUCUCUUAAUCUAGAAAUUUUAGUUUCCUCAUCUUUUUUUAUUUGUAAAAAACCUGGUAUAGCAAGUUAGAUUUUCCCUGAGAUUCAAAUCAACUAACUGCUACAGGAGUGUUGGAAAUUGUCUGUUAUUGUAAUCUUAGCUUUUGCUCAUUUUAGUUUCA